CUGGCGCUGCGGAGACGGAGACGGUUGCUAAGGGGUGGAGUUGGCGCCAUGUCGGCCGGGGCAGUGGCGGUGCUGCUGUGGUGGUUGAGCUGCUGCGGCUCGGCAUUGUGGAGAUAUUACAUCAAUAGCUCGGACUAUUCCAUUCUUAGUAUCAGGAAUUGGAUCCAGCUAGAGUAUGAAGGAAAAUCUUUUUUAUCAUGGAACGUAUCAGAGAAUUGUGAAGUUCAACAUCCAAAUUCUCCCAUAACAAAAUUACAUUGUGUUUCACCUGGCUUUCAUGCCAUACAACCAAAUGUCAGAAACCAAACCCAGGAAGAGGAACGCUAUUUGAAAGUGGGUGAUUCUCAUGUUUGCUUCUUGUGGUAUUUUACAUCUCUAAACAAUUUUGAAAAUUUAACCCAGACUGUCACCAUAUGGGUAUACGAUCCAGAAAGUUCCAGCAAAGAAGAGUUAGAAUGGUACGCGCAGAAACCUUCUCUCAAUUCCAAAAUACUAACCAACUUGUUGAAUACCCUGGGGCAAUACCCUCACAUUGGCACAAUAGUGAAGAGGAUCACCUAUAAAUCGAGUGACUUAAGUUCGGAGGGAACCUGGACCGUUACUGUGCCAAUGUCCUCAGAUGAUGUAGUGAAAGAGAUAAGAGGAACCACAGUGGCUUUCCAAGAUUGCUUCGUUGCCAAUCGCAAAUUUAUUCUGACGCAUCCGCUGAGGAUAUUCACCUUAGGACAAGGAGAGUUACCCCUCACUGUGCCUGCUGGGAAACCAAUGCUGACUGCCGCUGGUAUCUGUGUUGUUACAUAUUCUCUCGUGGUCACUGAAGACGAAACCUUCAUAACAUAUGAUGCCUUCCUUACCUGGACUAGGAUAAGAGUCCCCCCAGGUAUUAUGACUGAUGCUGAAAGGCACAACAUCAGUGGUGUGGCCGCAUUCGAGGGUGCACUCAUUUUUAUAACAAAUGGAUCUCUUUACUUAAAAACUACGAAAUCAUUUAGAAAACUGGGCAUGGAAGACAGUGCUCCUGAAACCGGUGUUCUUGGCAUUUCAAGAAGAAAGUGGUGUAAGCUCAGGUAUUUAUUUAAGAAUUCAAGAAGAAGAAGCGUAAUGGCAGUAUGGACAAAAAGUGAAGUUUAUCUUGGAUAUCCUACAUAUAAAUAUGCAAAAGUACUAGAUGUUCCAAAACUGAAAGCCAUGCUAAACUUUAGCAAGAAUGACCAAGUAGAAAUGCAGUAUGCGACUUACACGUGGCACUCUAUGGAGCUUGCUGUGCUAAUAUCCUACUGCUCCCUCUGCACUACCACCAAAAUCAUUUUAUUGCUGCUGUAUAACGAGGAUUCACCAAAGUGGAUACUCCAGAACUUACAACUAGAGGUGCCCGUGGACAGAACAUUGACCGCAUAUUUCCUUUACGCGGCCCCGCCGGAUGUGAUCCUGUGGGAUGCCCACAGCGUGUACUAUUUCUACAAAAACUUCACCAUUAGUGGAAUUUUAACAGCAGAGUCAGGAGAGAUCAAUCUGUCAAAGUUAUCAGCUGGGAGCAAAAUCCACAGCGUCAAUACAGGUGAAACUGGGAGUGUUUUGGUAAAAAUGGAAAAUAGCGUAAUAUUCUAUUUCAUGUCUGACGUUACAAAUGCAAUCAAGCUACCUACAUGGGUAAACACAACAGUAAAGACAGCGCUUUUCAUGAACCAAUUUACGCAAUUUUAUAUGUUAUAUUAUAGUGAUCAAUACGGGCCACAGCCACAUAGCUAUCCCUUAGAUCUGGAGGUACAAAGUACAAGCUACAAAGCCCAACUACGAUGCCCAUAUGUGGCAUUUCAACACAAUAUUUUUAGUCAAUUUUACACAAUCGACAAAGGAGAACGCCUGACAUUUUGGACUCAGUUAGUCUACCCAGAAAAUACAGGUCUCAAUAUUGCUGUAGAGUACUACGGUCCAAAAAUAGUGACGUGGACACAGGAAGUCUCCUAUGAGAUUGCCUCAGGCUUCUCCACCAAAAGUAUGUUAACAACGUUUUUUCAGGAAGCAAAUUACGAAUUAGCAGAUAAUUACUUCAAGCUACAGAAAAAGAACAUGGGUCUCAUGCUUGUUCAAUUCCGACCUAGUGAAUCUUCAAAUAUGUGUCCAAUUUCCAAAAAGGUGUUUGAAAUUUCUGUUGGAUGUGAUGUAGAUACACACAUCAAGGUUAAAGGAUUUGGUAAAACUGGAUGUUACCACCAUGAUUUUUCUUACGUGAUUAACAAGGAAUUUCUGAGAGCUAAACCACCUGAAGAUUUGAAAAUAAGGUAUGAUGUGGAAGAGUACGGUUGCCCUCAGAGACUUGAAUUCGAUAUGCCGUUUCAACCUGUAAUAGAGCUGUUUGAUGAAAAAGGCUUUGUUAAAAUAAUGGAUGCAAAUUUUAUCCUGUGGGAAAUCCAUGGCAGGGAUGACUAUACCUUUAAUAGUACUAUGAAGCAGAAUGGUUGCAUAAAUGAAGCGCAGACAUUCAAGUCAAUGAUAGAGCAAAACAAGGACCUCCCACUGGAUGAAGUCUGGGGACCUCAUAACUAUAGGACUUGUUUUUCUUAUGCUAUUGGGAAGCCUGGAGACCUAAGCCAACCAUAUGAGAUUAUAAACUCUACUAAUAGAAACCAUUUACUAUGGCCCAUGGACCAUUCCGGAAUGUAUGUGUUUCGUGUGAGAGUCUUGGAUCCAAACUUUAGUUUCUGCAACCUAACAACUAUUUUUGCGAUUGAGACCUUCGGCGUGAUUCCUCGCCCAAGUUUCUACCUGGUCGCUGCCUUGCUUUUUGUCUUGAUGCUCACAUUCAUCAGUGUUCUAGUUCUGAGCUAUUUCUGGUAUGCGAAGAUUUAUAGGCAAUUUAUUUUUGAGCCACUUCACAAGCCUCCUUCAAAACGGAAGAAGAAUUAGAGAAACCGAGAGUUAAUUCUGGAGAUGUGUGUGUGUGUGUGUGUGUGUGUGUGUGUGUGUGUAGACAGAUAUAUAGGUAAUGUACAUAUAUGUAAUUAUAUUAAGAAUGUGUUUGACAAGAAACAUUAAAUAUAAGCUCAUACUAUUAUUAAAUUCAAGAUCUGAAAAAUGUUCUUAAAUUACUCCCUCAAAUAACAUACAUUAUUAUGUUUGUUAUCAUUAUUAUUCAUUUUAAAGAUAUCAUAUACACUGUUGCAUUGUAUUUAAAAAAUAAAAAAUCAAAAUCA